AUGUUGGAAAUAUCUGGGCUGGUCAACAGUGUGGGCACCAAUGGCUCCCCAGUGCUACAACAGGCACUCACCAUUGGCAGAGGUGGUGCUGUGGUGGUAACUGCAUCGGCUCUUGCUUCGGUUGUUUCCACCGCCAUCAAGGAUCUGCCUCGUGGUGGCGACAUCAACAAGAAGGCCAUUGCAGUCAAAAAGGGCGCUCCUCCAAAGACAACAUCAGAACCAUGGAUUGGACCUCGUGCCAAGGCCGUAUUUUUCAUGGCAGUGGCCAUGUCCCUACAUUAUCUGGGUUACUCCCUGGCUCGACCCAUUACCAUUUCACUCUUCACCUCAGAAACAUCUGGAUAUGGAAAAUUUGCCGCUGCGUUUCCCUUUGCCAUGGCCUUUGUCAGCCCCAUGUCACUUGGAUUGCUACUGGGAUAUGGCAAAGUUCUGGACAAACAUGGUCCACGAGGGGCUCUCAUCAGAUCCACCAUCUUUUGUGCCACUGUCGUUAGCUGCUCGGCCAUGGCCAUGAACUUGUUUGAAGCCUAUGGGACGCUUAUUAUGAAAGUUCCUGCUGCCAAAUUUGUGUCUGGACCACUCUUCGUCUUUCGAGAAUCCUAUGUCCAACUGCUUACCAGCCAGUAUUGGUCUUUCAUGGCAUCAGCGUUGACACCAUCCCUAAGUGCCAAAUGGUUUGGACCUAUUGCGGGGUUGUCCAGUAUCACCUCAGCAGUUGCUGGAUUUUUCGUCUCUGAUAUCAUUGAUUUGAUCGGAAUAUCAUACUCUCUGCUGGGAACUGGAGUGACACUUCUCAUCAGCAUCUUUGCCGCCAACAUGGCCUAUGCAAUAUCCGAAGAACAUGGAUUCAGUCCAGUUGCCAAGAAACACAGCAGAAAUGACAAGCAACAAAAACCGAUGGGCAUGUUUGAAACGGCUGUCAAGCUUUUUGCACGGGUGCCUGUCUUGCUCAAGCUAUUCAUUGAAAUCUUGGCAUCCCAAGGGUUGAUUACGAUCCUUAAUGUUGCCUUUGUGGCUCGAUUGGCCCAUUCCAUCCCGGCAGACGCUGAACGGGCUGGAUGGGUGGGAAAAUUCUUUUCCACAAUCAAUAUCAUUUCCAUGGUACUGCAAUUUGGCAUUUUACCACCCUUGCUCACCAUUAUCGAACCCAAGAUUAUGUGGCGUAUUGUCCCCUUUAUUGCUAUGAUGUUCACAACCUUCCAAGCCAGUCAACCAGACCCAACACUUUACGUUGUCAGUACCACUCUGCUAGUCAUGAAGGUACUGGAAUACUCCGCUCGAAGAAUGCUGGAUGAAAUGGUCUACGUACCCUUGGAUUUUGAAAGCCGAUUUGUGGGCAAGGAAGUCAUUGGUGUCUUUGGAUAUCGACUUGGAAAGUCACUCAUGUCUUUAGGACUUUCGGGAAUCACAGCGCUAUUUGGCGAUAUGGGAAUUCAGGAGUAUUCCAUCUUGGGUGCUGGUAUUAACUUGCUGUGGUUCUGGGCAUCAUGGUCCUUGAGUAACGAAGUGCCAACUCGAAAGGAAGCAGAAGAAAUCUAUCAACAACAACGGAAUAAGAAGAAAGAUGGUGGCAAGAGAUGA